AUGCAGCAUGCCCUGACUGAGCAUCAGAGCUCAAACGAUGUCCUCCGUCGAUUGACAGGCGAUAUAUGCGCCGCGACAGCGUCGGCCACCUUGGUAUCACCAGCAGUAACAACCAUCGAUAGGGCAAUUGUCGAGCAAGCGUCCUUGAACCAGUCCCUUCUUCGCGGCCUUCGAAACCAUACGCUCGCUGCCCUGCAGUACCCCGGGCGAUUUGUCUUCAGCGCGCCAUUCCGCAUUAUCUGGACGCUCUACGCAGCAACAUACACCGUUGCAAACGGGACAGAUACAGUUGGCCAUGCGCUAAAGGUCCCCGCGACGGGAAUGAUGACUUUUUUGUCGACGACGUUAGUGAAUGUCCCAACGGCAGUGUGGAAAGAUGUCCGCUUCGCUCAGAUCUACGGGACAAGCAAAGCCAAGGUCUGCGAGGCAGCCCAGAAGCCUCUUGUGCAAAGUCGGAACCUCGUGCGAGGCUCAACGGCAAUCUUCCUCCUACGCGACUGCGUGACGAUAUUCGGCUGCUUCACGCUGGCGCCACGACUGGCAGAUGCAAUACCAGAGUCGAAUUCGCUGGCUUCUCAUCCAAACGCCAGAACGAUCGUCACACAGCUAACGGUACCAAUGCUCACGCAGCUUGUUGCGACGCCGCUACAUCUGCUUGGUCUUGAUCUUUACAUGCGACAGUAUUCGAUGCCGUUGGCGGACCGGCUGGUGCAGUCUCAACGGUAUCUAGCGUCAACGAUGAUAGUGCGGUGCAUACGUAUUUUGCCUGCUUUUGGCUUUGGAGGCUUGGCGAACUUGGAGCUUAGGUCUUUUUUUCAUAGGAUGUUUGGUGUCUCGUGA